AUGACUCUACCAAAUUUCUUCGAUUUCACUCUCAGUACGUCCACUAUCUCGGCCCAUGUUUUAUUCAUGCGCGCGGUCUACAAGCUGCAGACCAGCGUGCAGCCGGGAGGAAUACCUCGGAGGUAUGAAGAUGGUGCCCCACAGCCGUCAGAGCAGACCGUGUCAUUCCUUCGCAACGCCGUUGUCCGAUUCACAACUUGGGCCCUGCGGUUGCCAACUGGUCUCAACAUAGCCCGCGGAUUCACCGUAGGCGAACUCGAAAUUCCUCCCCUCGACGUUUUAAUGGUGUGGCAUGCGUAUAUGCUGUCCCCAGUGACCUACGAGAAGGAUUCAUUGGCUAGUACCGGUCUGCAGCUAUUGACACACAUGCCUCUGGACAGGAUUGCAGUACUCGUUGACGAGGCUUCGUAUGAUUUCGUGCCAACUAUGGCGCAAAGCGAAGCUUGGAGGAAGCUCACGGAAAUGCCCUUCGACUGCACGACGCCGCACGACUACGAUUUCGAUGGUAUGUCACGCAUUGCGUCCAUUGACCUCGGACAGGCGGUGAUGCGGCAGUCUAGCUCCAUUGGUCCGAUGAUCAACGAAGCUUCAGUUUAUGAAGAAAAUGGCCUGCCCUGGAGCCAGACAGUCAAUCGCUACGUCCGAUUCAUGUGCCUUCCGCUUGAAGCGCCGGUGCCACCGGUUGAUGUCGAUAUCAUUUGGCAUACGCAUCAACUCAAAGGCGCACAAUACAGGCGAGUGAUAGCCUUCGUACGUCUCGAUUGGCUCAUGUUGAUCAUGGACACGGAUUCUAGAGAGGACUGCAUCAAGUACUUUGGCAGAGUCAUCAACCACGACGACUCCAAGCCUGCGGACGUCGUUAGAAAAGGCCGGAAGAUGAUGAAUGAGCAAGCAAAGCUCCUGUAUGACAGCGGAGACACCAGUAUCACCGUCUUUACCGUCUUUACAUCUACACCAGUAGACGAAGGCUCUGGGAAUGGUGGGGGGCAGGGCGGAGGUAAUGGAGGAGGAAACGGGGGAGAAGGUACUAAAUGCGGAGGACCACCAUCUGGUUGCAUACGCUAUUGA